AUGACAAGAUCAGGUUUACAGCAGGAUGUGAUAAACCUUUACAGACAGGGAGUACGAAAUGCCAUGUCAAAGACACCUGAGUCGAGACCGAAUUUUCUGCUACAUCUACGUUACAAUUUCCGUCACCCGCAAUUAAGGCAGAGGGACUAUACAGCUAUAGAGCAUCAGCUCCGUAAAAUGUCUCGUACCCUCGAAAUGCUUUCCGAACCCUCCACUCAGCGCAUAUCAAUCUCACCAGAAUGGCAGCAAUGGUGGGACGAUGAGGUACGCAGGUCGAGAUCACGCCCUUCAUCAUCUGCCGGAUCAGCAAGUAGGACCGGGUUAGAGCAGGCGCCAGGUGGCGGAGUCAAAGCGAAAGAACAAGUAUUGAAGAAGGAACAGAGCGGAAGGGAUAGGGAUCAGUGGGGCGGGAAGUUACCUGGACAUGGAGGUACAUGA